UGUAUUUAAAUAUAUAUAAAAAUACGCUCAGCGUGGGUCGGUGAACUCCGGCCACAAGUCCCCAAAGUUCCUAGCGGGACAGAAGCGCUCCAGCGAGUGAGACGGAUCAGAAGCAGCCACGGUGGGAAAAGACUUUGUGGAAUAUCUUCUGAGGAAUAUUUUGCUUUCCAUCCCAUCGUCCUGCCCCUCUUGGAUCUCAUGUUUGUACUCAGGAUUUGUGGUCCAAAUCCAUCACACUCUGCCCAUCAUCUGAAAGCCUGCACCCCCAUUAAAGCCAGAGAAAGGUUUGCAGAACUCCACUCUGACUGAAGUCCAUCCAAGCAGAGACUAAAGUUCUGGAAUGAGUUUAAACCAGCCCAGCUUGUCUCGGGGAGCUCUGCUGCAUCCCGGCCAGGUGUCGUUCGUGGCCCCCCACUGGACCUCUAGGACCCCAAGUCCCACUUCCGAUCCCGACAUGGGUUUCGAGCAGAACCUCUCCGGAGACUGCAGCUCUCCGGAUGACCUUGGACCAGCCAGGAGAGCGGAGCCAAGGGGCCCCGCUUCGGCUGGCUCCGGGGGUCAGAGUCCGGAUCUGGCGGCAGGCUCUGGCGAUGGAAAGGGCGCAGGGGGUGAGCAGAGGAUCCGCAGGCCCAUGAACGCCUUCAUGGUGUGGGCCAAAGAUGAGCGGAAACGACUGGCCUUGCAGAACCCGGACCUGCACAAUGCCGUGCUCAGCAAGAUGCUUGGCCAGUCGUGGAAAGCGCUGACUGCCGCAGAGAAGCGUCCCUUCGUGGCGGAAGCAGAGCGCCUGCGCAUCCAACACCUCCAAGAUCACCCAAACUACAAGUACCGCCCCCGCCGCAAGAAGACCACCAAGAAGCUCAAGCGCGUUGAACCGGGGCUCCUGCUUCACAGCUUAGCCCAGAGCAGCGGCCACGCACAUGGGAUGGGUCCUAGCAUGGCCCCCCUGGGUGGAGAAGGUGGCCACGGUGCAUCUCCUUAUGGACAUCCAGGUGCUCAUCACCACCACUCCCACCACCUGCUGCCCUCUAUGGGGCACUUCAGGGACCUCCAGGCACCUGGGCACCAGGAGUUGGAGAGCUACGGCCUGCCCACCCCAGAGAUGUCCCCUCUGGACGUUUUGGAAAACGGAGCUGGUGAAUCCGUGUUCUUCCCCCAGCAUGUGCAAGAAGAAGCUGGCAUGGGAGGCUGGAGCAGCUACCACCACCCUCACCAUCACAACCCGCAUUACAGCCAUCGCUACGGCAACCACCACAAUCCCAUGCACGGGACGUCCACACAGAGUCCGAGUCCUGUUAUGACAUUGAGUCCAAGUAGGAAUUCCAGAAUGUCCUCGGUGGAGUCAAACAUGGCUUCCAAUAUGAAUGGCGUCCCUUCCGGCGUGUCAGGUCCAAUCAGGAUGAACUCAGCUCUGACGUCUGGCCGCCACAUCGCCUUGAGGAGUCCCAUGAAAUGCCCACCACCAUCCCCCCAUGACUCGGUGUCCUACCCCCAGUCCUCAAUCAGCCUGGCAGAGACAGUGAAACCCCAACAAGGCCCCCUUCCCGUCGGCUACUUCAGCCAAAUAUACGGAAGCGCAGCCUCGAGUUUUACCCCGACUCACCUGGGCCAGCUGUCACCUCCACCUGAAACCUCCCCCACUUCCUGCUCAUCCUUCCUCCCUACUGUGCACUCAGCGGACCACUUGAAUCCGGAAUCUGGUGGACACUUGGGGCCUUCUUCCUCUGCAGACUUCUGGUCCGAGGUGGACAGGCAUGAAUUUGACCAGUACGUAAAUGCCGCCAGGAACCGAGAGGAGGCCUACGGACCAAGCGGUGUCGGGUCCAAAGUCCUGGUGUGGCGGGGUAGCAGCAGUGUUGGUGGCAGUGAUGAAGGAGUCAGCCCACUGAUAUCUGCUCUUUCUGACGCUAGCAGUGCCGUCUAUUACAGCGCCUGCAUCACUGGCUAACAGGCUUCCAUACUUCAUGUCUUUCCCCUUCAUAUUGUAUUGUACCAAACUAAUUGGAGUGUCCACAACACAGCAGCAACAGAACCAAUGUUGCCGUAGGGUUAAGGAGCAAACUGCUGAGCUAGCAUUAAUAGUGCUGAUGAUUGUCUCAACAGUACGAGAAGUGUGACAUGUGACAUGACGCUCCCAAGUAGUAGCAACAUUUCCAAGUGCAUGCAGAGCUAGAUGGACGUUGAUCGUCCAUGGGUUAUUAAAAAAUACAUCAGGAGGUCUCCUACAGCCACAGCUGUUAAUGCCAGUGAUUAGAGACCCUGGUGGUUCUUCAUUUUGGGCCGAUAUACAAAUGUGUUAGAUUGUCCGCUAUUUAAAAGAUGACUUUGACUGUAACCUAAAUCCACUCCCAGAAUCACAGAGGACAACUGGUAAAUCCACAAGGAAAUACUCAUCUUGGACGUGUCGAUCCAAGCCUUUUGCUUGCUAGAACUUGUCUGGUGGAGGCAGUCCAAUCAGAGCCGUGAGAGUAGCUCCACCUAUGCCUGUGAUGACAUCAGCGGCGGGGGAAAGUACACUGUGUCUUCCACGUUCUUCAUGGCGAUGUUCUUCAUGCAGGCCAGCAUCUCGGGGAAGGGCCUUGACAGGCCACAUAAAAGAAGCUAACAUUUUCUAGCUGUUGUGCUACAUUAAAAAAGAUUAUAAAAGAUGCUAAAACCAAUACAGUGUAGGUAGGCCAAUGUAGGUGAAGCAAAACCUCAGAGCUUUGUGUUGUAGGUGAUAAGGCAAGUUUGUGGAAUAUCGAAGAGCCGUAAAAACAAGCUGAGGGUAGAAGAUAGCCCCUGGGCCACACUUUGGACACCCCUGGCCUUAAACUAUUUUUUUAAUGUUGUUUUUUUUUCUUUUGGCCAGGUUAUUUUGGAUUAUUUUCUUGACUUUCUUGACAAAUAUUAAUAUUUUCAAUUUAAUUUGAAUAAAAAAAUA